AUGGCGAUGAUCAUUACGCCUGACGUGGGCCGCUCCAUGAUGGACGCCAUCGCCGCCGGUCGCGCCAAAUACGUCGAACAGCGUUACAGGCAGGCUCUUGACUCCUUCACCGAAGCAAUCAAGCGCUGCCCGUGUGAAGUUGCAAAGAGGAAGAGGAAGCGAGACGAGAUGGAAGAUGAAGAGCUCAGCGAAAGUGCACAAGCACUUCUUGCAACCCUCAAAGCCACCAGACCGCCAUCGUCGGAAUGUCUCAACCCACUGCACCUCCGAGCUCUCAACUACCGGGCUGGCACAUUCGAAAAGGUGCCGGAUCUCCGUCGUGCGCAGGCUGAUGCGCAGCGAAUGAUGGACAUUGCGCCGCGCUCGCCCGAGGGUUAUCUUCGUGCAAGCAAGCUUCUGCGGGCAGAUGGAAAGUCAUUGGAAGCCUUCAACGUACUGACAGAAGGCAUUCUGGCGUGUUUGGAAGGGCCAUUUGAACCAGAACACAUACGGAUCCUUGACAAGGCCCGGAAUCCCUUCAAACCCAAGUAUGCCAAGGUCGAUCCUUUUGGGAGCUUUCUGAGUCUUAGCUGGAUGUCAACGGCUCAUCUACCGCAGGAGCUUAUACGGGACAUUUUUGGUCGUUUGGAUCUAUUAACGCUAUGUAACUGUCUGCGCGUUUCGAAAACUUGGAGGAAGCUGUUGACGGGUCCAGCAAGUGUGCAAUUUUGGAGGUCGCUGCAGUUCACCGGCUCCUCGAACCCCAAGAGACCCGUUCCGAUGAAGUCCUUGAGGAAGCUACUCUCGUACUCAUCGAACGAUAUUCGGGAGCUCGUAGUAGCCGAUGGUCGAAGGUUUGUCCUGGACCGGAGAAAAUUCGACGCCAUCCUGAAGGCAGGAGUCAAACUGGAGCGCUUGGAGAUCCACAACCCGCAUGAAUCUCUGAUCCUCACACAGAUUCCGAAACAUCUCAAACGCCUGGAGCUUGACGGAUUCCAGCGGUUCUUUAGGCCCCCAAAUCCAGGGCCCGAAUAUUAUAGGUCCCUCGUGCUAGCUGUUGCUCCCACACUCGAGACCUUGGCUCUGGCGGGUAUCCCCAUGCAAUGGCUCACCAAUGCGGAUAUACCAAUGAUGCCUAAUUUGAAGCAUCUCAAGAUGGCCCUGAGCACCACAAUGCAGCCGUGGCCGUUGUCUUUGGUGCAUUUGUUGAAAAGCACUCCGAGUCUGGAGCAGUUCCAUAUCGAGGACCUCAACUUCAGUAGUAUGCCUCUAGGCGACGAGGAUUUUGACAACAACUGCGUUCCUAAUCUCAAGGCUCUAACGAUUUUUGAUACAAAAGCACACAUGUAUCAUGCCAAUCACUUGAAUACGGCUUGGAACCACAACUCUUCAGCCCUUGAGGCAUAUCGCCGCUUGACAGUCUUGAAUGCCGGAAGGAAGCUCAAAAUCCUGGACUUGCACUAUGGCUGGGACUACACCGGCGUGAACCUGGAGGCUACCGACAUAUUCAGCCACAUGCGCGCAAACCCUGCAUACGAAUACCAGAAUCUAGAAGAGUUCCAUGCCUCUAAGUUAGUCAUAUCUCCUCAGGUUGCACAGGACCUUUUUGAAGGACCCAUCAGGGCCGGCAAGCUACAUACCUUUGACAUUGUUUUCCCUCUGCCCAAGUUCAGAGAGCCACUUGGGGAGUCCAGUGCGGAGCACAUCAAGGAGUACCAGUGGCUUGAAGGGGCCGAAAGCAUUCGAAGCCUCGGCCUAUUCGACUUUCAUUUCAAGAGCUACAUAUACAUGGCAGAGCAUCCUCUCAUUAACUUUCUCAACAAGCUCCCAUGCCUGGAGGAGCUGAGGAUCACAUCGACUCACUUUGACACGCCCGAGUUCCACGUUACCCUCCGCGAUAUCCUGCGUCUGGUGAAGCUCAAGUCGGCAUACAUUCCGCAGAUAUCCGGCAUGGCUUUUGAGACGAUUCGGGAGUUGGCCAAGCAGAAGGGGGUCAAUCUGGUGUGGGAGAGGCGGUUGCCCAAGUGGCCAUUGGCGUUGAAGGGGGAUUAA